UGCUUUUAGCAUAUCUUGAUAAACUUCCGGUAAACGCAACGAUUUUCAUUUUUACAGCACACUUCAAAGCCUAAAGACAGGAAAAAUACAAAAAAAAUCGGAAAAAAUUGGAAAACAAAAUUACAAGACACACACACAAUAGAAUAGAACAAGAACUUUUUGGCUCCCGGUUUAAAUUAAUUGUUCCCGUUGAUUUCCAUUUGCCGAAGAUUUCCAUUAGAAGAGUUAUGCAGCAGAGUAUCUGGAGUUCACCGCAGGUGGGUGGUUCCGGUGGCGCCCUGAAGGCCUUGGCCCGGAAUGUGGCCAAUCAUCUGAAGCUGAACCGGAGCAGCAUGAAGCGAGUGGUGGCCCAGGUGGUGGCCGAGCAUCACACUCUGGGCGAGGUGGCCGACUACAAGGGUCACAUGUACUUUGCGAAGCCGGAUCGCUUGAAUUUCCACCAGCUGAUCGCCCAGUCGAAGGAGGCCUUCGACGAUCUCCUGCUCCACGAACCGCGUUCGGCGAAAAAGCGUGCGGCUAUGGCCAUACGAAAUCGAUCGAAGAAUCCCCUCAGCUCAAAGGUAAAUCUACAGAUGAAGGUCUCACCGCCGCAAUUGCCUGCAAGUGGCGUUGCGAAGAAAGCUUCGGCCGCCAAGAAGACGGAAGCAAAGCCGAAGAAUCGGCGUCGCAGGAAGAGCUCCACCACCAUUUUCCAGCUGGCGGAUGCAGGUCGUCGCAGUCUGAACGGCGUCAUCAUCGACGACACGCAUUUGCCGCACGAUGGUGAACAGCGGGAGAUCCUCUUGCAUGUUCCUUCCACGCUAACCAAGCGUUCGCGCAGGCGUCUCCGUUCUUCGCAGUCCAGGGUUGCAGCGGAGAAGAAAGCAGAAAGGGCGCAGUCUCCGAAGAAAGUGAAAGCGAAGAAGAGCCAAGAGCCUGGCAACCUGGAUAAGAAGAUCAGUCAGCAGGGGAAGAAUAGUCUGCGGGAGAAGAAUAGUCUACCGGAGAAGAAUUGCCUGCCAGAGAAGAAUCAUCUGCCGGAGAAGAAAUGCCAGAAGCCGAAGCCUAAGAAACCAUCGGGGUCACCACCUUCGGUCACCAGACCGGGGUCACCACUUCCCUCGCAAAGAUCUCCGAGGAGAAACAAUGCCAGGACUCGUCAGGCCUCCCAUCAACGCAUCAAGGCGGGCGACACCAGAAACUCAGCUACCAAACCUUUGACAAAAACAAGUUCAGUUCAAAAGACCAAGACCAGAUUGAAGCUAAGGCCACUGAAGAAGAGGCUGCCCCUGCUGCGACGGAGCUACGAGAAGCCCUGGCUGGUGAGAGGCUUGAGAAGAAGACGACUCUCCGGAGGAUCUCAGGUGGCCAAGCUGAGGAAUAAGAAGGCACCUAUGAAACCCCAGAGACUGGACAAAAUCGAUGUGGAAUGGGAGAAGAAGUCCGGCAAGGAGGAGAAAUCUGAGCCAUCGGCGAGGAGCAGCAAGGUGGCGGAGGCCAUUAAAAGCUCAGCAAAGCUGAAGGGCAAACGGACGUCCCACGUUGGGCGCCAAAUGCGCAAUGUGAACUUUCCGUGGUACACGCCCUAUCAGUUUCAAGGCGCCGCCGGUGCUACGCAGAUUCCCAAUGCCGGUGUCGGCAUACCGCCGUACCAAUUGCUCAGGGAAAAGAGCCGUAAGCUCAAUCAACGAUUGACGGCCACCCAAACUCUAACUCAGAUUCCACAAUCUCGACGCGCUCCGAUUUUCACCAGUCGCCAGAGGCACCAUCGCCGAAUGCAGGAGCGUCUGAUGAGGGAUUUGCUGCGCGAAGAGGCCAUCGAUGAGCCAUUGAGCAAUGGAUCGGGGGUAUUUCGUCGAUCUCGCGGGGGCGGCGGCGGAUGGCAACCUCAGAGGAUUAAGUCGGAGCCGGAAACCCAGCAGAAGCAGCAGCAGCAGCAGGAUCAUCGUUCUGUGGAGCGCGUGAGCUCGCGGAUGAAGCGUUUGGCCAACGACAGACGCUGCCGCCAGCCCAUCGCCACCAGCGAGCGGAUCAUGAUCCCGCCACCCAAGAAUAUUAUUAACAAGAAUAAUAAUAAUAGAGCCCACUCCAGUCCGCGGAUUCGUCGAAGAUUCCGCUCCGUUCCGGUGGACAGCAGCCUGGGCAGCAUCGCUCUGAUGGGCCAGCCGGAGCAAUCGAAGCCUGGAUUGACGCCGGCCAAACGUCAUCUCACCAUUGCCUUUAUGAACAAGCGAUCGGAACGAAACAGCGCAGCCAUUCAGCCCUGGAAAUAGGACUUAAGAUCCCCAUAAUAACACACUCGAAAAUCUAUAUACACUCAUUCUUUGGCCCUCACUUUUCCAACGAUGCUGGCUUAACCAAGUGUCGAUUCUAUUUGUUUGUUGGAUCUAAAUAAAUUAUCUAGUUGGAAUGCCGAUUGCAUGGCAUUAUUCCCAUAUUGAAUAUGGUUUAUAAAAAUACUGA